CUCGUCUUCAUCUCGAUUUGGCUCGGUGAGAUCUCAUCUCGCAUCCCACCACUCUCCGCACCUGCGGCUCAUGAGCUGUCGGGUCUAGUCUGGAGAAGCGGAUGACGCCCGAACAGGCCGCCUUUGACGACGCCCGCUGGCCGAGCUGGCCCGGGGCGGGGCGGAGGACCCUGCGCGCACGCUCUGAUGGGUCGCAUCUGAGUGAAGAGAGCUUCGUUCGAGGGCAGGACCGCCCCACGCACCGCAUGACAUUGCCGUUGCCCGCGUGCAGUGGGGACUCGACCGCGCUGGAAAUGGCCGUUCUCACUGAGGGGCGAGGCACCCGAGUGGCGCCAACACCGGAGGGUGUGAGACUUAAGAGGCACAGCUGGGCCGGCAGUCUGAAGAAUUGGAUCGGAUUUGAGGACAGCAGAGAAAGUGAAUCUGUCUCUGGAGACUUCGACAUGCCGGUGGAGCUCAACGAGGUUGCGGUGGUCCAAGCAGAAAAGGAGUGGGGCGGCGGAGAUUCGUCCUCUGACUCAUCGUCCUCCGAGUUGGCAGGCUGGCGCCAACGGCGGCCUCCGCCUGCCAACGGCUUGUCCGCUGCUUCGACGGCGCCCACACCUGCAGGUGGAGCAGCAGGCAUAGAGGUGCCAGUGCAGGUGGUGCAGGUGGAAAAGGAGUGGGGUGGUGCAGAUUCCGAUGACAGCGAGGAUGGCGCGACCUCUGUUGCCAAAGCAGGGGAAGCACGGCGCAGACAGCUGGCGCAGAGGGAGGAAGCCUUGGCGGCAGCAGUGAGUGAGACCUUCAGCAUGAAGGCACAGGGCCCGCCCGCGGAGCCUGGCCCCACGCAGCCGCCGAGCCGUGCACCGUCGGUGACGAGUGAAGCGGACACAGGCCGUGGAGGUCGUCGGUCUCGCCGUGCAUCGGUGCGCAUCAAGAGGACCAGGAGCUUUCGCACAGACUUUGUGAAGCGCUGCUGGGGAGCGAUGGCUGGAUGGUAUGCCGGCUUUCUGGCCUUCACGCUGCUGCAUGCCACCGAUUGCAUCCUUCGGAUCAUUUCGAUCUACUUCUAUGCCAGCUACGGCUUAUACGUCGCGGCCUUUGCCAUGCUCACACCCAUCCAGGUCAUUGGCUCCUUGCUCUCCAUCUACAUCACGUUUCACGACGCGGACGUCCUGCUGAUUUUGCACCACAGCUCUGGCUGGCAGAAAUUUCUGUUCUUCUUUGUCUCCUUCCUAUUCCUGGGAUGUUGCCAACUCAUCCAGGUGAAACGCGCAUGGUCCAGGCAGUUGCACUCACCGGAGGUGGUGCUGGAUAUGGAUGAUCCGCGGCCCAAGGCGGACGCAGCUGCCGCCGACCGUGCCGCCGACGCCCAGAGCCUGCCGGACUUUGGGGCAGCUGAGCGCAUCACGCCGGUGGCGCUGGUCACGGGGAUCCCCUUCCUGUUGGUGCACUGGAUCUCAGCCACGCGGUACGUGGAAAGAUCAGAUGGAUGGCCUCUCUUCUGGUGGUGCACCGCCGUGGUCUUGCUGGUGAAUGUGAGUUUGGGGAUGGUGGACAUCGAUGUGUCGGUGUCCUCCUACGUGGUGAGGCGCUAUCAGUCUCACAGCGCCCAGGAGGGCCAGUGGCCGAUCUGCGUCCAGCGGCUUUUCAAGCCUUUGCACUUGGCCUUCCGCAUCACUGAGGUCUGGAUGCGACUGCUGGUGCUCGCAGGGCUCAUGCAGAUUCGCUACGAGCUCUUCAACCGGGACGACGUGGUUCUCUCCCUCACGGUGGUGAUCGACUAUGCCAUCGGGGUGAACCUUCUCUUCCGGAAUGCACCGGAGCAGGAAGGAGCACUGGUGCACAUCUUCGCUGGCAUCGGCUUGUUGACGUCUGAUUGCACCCACUUCAUCGACUUGCCCAACUUCGCUUUGGCCGCGCGGCGCAUCAGCCGCCGGUUGGCAUGGCUGCGGUUUGCCCAAGUCUUGCUGCUCUUGGGCCUCUACCAUUGGGUCUUCUGGAACAAGUCGGACGUGCCCUUUGGCGCCGCCUUGCAUUCGAUCCGGUGGAUUUAUGUCACCUCCAUCGUCUACUACUUGAUGAGGUACUCCUUGCCCAUCCGCAGGGUGGGGAGCGACUUGCACACUGCAUCCUUGGAUGGGAACCUGGAUUUGGUCAAGGCGCUUCUGAAGCCUGACCAGAAUGGACAGGUGCUGGACAUCAACGCUGCAUCCAAAGAUGGGCAGAGCAUGACGCCCUUAAUGCUGGCGGCCCAAUGUGGACAUGUCGAUGUCAUGGAGGAGCUUUUGCGGAACGGUGCCAAGGUGGGCGCAAGAACGCAGCUGAGGGAAGAUACGGCGCUGCACUUCGCGGCCAGCUCGCGCAAGGUGGAGGCCUGUCAGAUGCUGAUCCGCCAUGCGGCGGACAUCGACGUGCGCAAUCGCAAGGGGCAGAAGCCGCUGCAGGUCGCCAUGUCCUUGUCGUUGAUGCGGAGGAACGAGCUCAUCCAGCUGUUGACCUCGGGGCUUCCCGCAGGCGAUGAAGGGAGCUUUGCCGCCAGCAACACAUCGGUCAGUGGCAAGAAGCGAGCGACGUAUUACUCGGUGAAGGCUAAGCCGGUGGCCGGUUUGCAACUUAAGAGCCUCUUUCCCAACUUGGAGGAGGAUGACACACCCUCGCCCCGGGUCUUGCAGUCCGUGAGCUCGUUGGUCGUCUCCAAGGCGGCUGGGCCACUGGGCCGACGUGCCUUGAUGCACGAAGAGAACAGCGGCUCCGUCCCCCUGGGCGCCCUCCGCCGCGUGCGGGAGCUGGGCCGUGGCGGCUUCGGGCGAGUCAUCGAGGUGGAGCUCCCCAGGGACGCCGCCAGCAGCAUUUGGCGCCGGCCACGCUCGGCACAGAGGUUUGCCUUGAAGCUACAGCUGAAGCAGGAUCACCGACAAGCCUCCUCGGAGGUCUUGGCCUUGCAACGUGCAGAGCAUCCUUUUAUCGUCCACCUGCAUCGAGCGUUCGCCUUCGACAAGUACUUGGCGCUUCUCUUAGAGCUUUGCCCCACUGAUUUGAAUCGCCUGCUUUGUGAGGAGCCUGGCGAAGAGGGAAGAUACCUGGGCCUGGCACCAGACCGAGUGGCCUUAUACUUGGGCCAGGUGAUGUUGGCUUUGGCCUACUUGCACGAGAGUGACAUCGUGUAUCGCGACGUGAAGCCCGAGAACAUCCUCAUCAAUACCAGAAAUGAGGCGAAGCUCACGGAUUUCGGACUGGCUAAGGUGGUGACGUCUGCAGAGAGGAUGACCAUGUGUGGCACCAUGGGUUUCCUUUCACCCGAGCUCACGGGCGGAGGCGCCAUGACCGGGCCGACGGGCGACUCGGAGGAGGAGGAGGACGGAGAUCCCACACCGGAGUUCAAUCCGUUCAAGACGGAUGCGUACUCCUUUGGGGUGACGCUUCAAGUGUCUCUACUUGGAGAGGACGGAGCUCGACGCAAGACGGUGAAGCGGAAGGGGCCAAUGAUGCUGCCGCUCCACCUCAGCGAGCAAGAGAACGCCGACAUGCUGGCACAGCUGAAGUUGUCCCAGCGGCUCUCAGAGGAGGUCCGGCGCCUUGUUAGCCUUGUUAUGCCUUGUUUACCAAUUGGUUGGUUGAUUAAUCGAGCGAAUACCAUGUACAAGUACACAACCAUGUACAACCCAUAUAGGUAUACGGUAUCGGUACUAUGGUACCAAACUACCCUUUUUGCGGCCGCUGGAACCACGGCUUUGCGAGACAUGUUGAGCAACCCCGGACGAAGCAAAAGCAACGAGCUAAGCUCGGUGGAGCUUAGCACAUCGAACGACGUGCGGAAGGCCUUCCACCUGCUGGUGGAGAAGUUGCUGCCCUUCUCCCAAGCAAGGCGCUUUGAGCUAAAAAGCCCCGAGGUGAAGAACCAUCCCUUCUUUCAAAAGGAGCUCAAUUGCACCAAUGUCGAAGAGUUCCUCUUGAGCAACUCUGGAGCUCACAAUUAUUCCAGUGUUGUCAUGUCGCCUUCCGUGAUGGGUUGGUCACCUUAGCGCCAUCCGCUGGACUUGUUAUUGAUGGAUGCAUGAGUAUCUGCGGGCGCGGGCGAAGACCAUGGAAGAGAGGAC